CUCCUGUAUUUCUGCAACUGGGGUGGCAGCAAAUAGCAAGAGGAGAGACUAAAGAUAGAUAUUGUCUUCUUUUCCCUCCCAAAUAUAGCAAUAUCCAUAAUUUCAGUUCGUCCCUUUUUCUCUUUCUUCUUAAUUUAUCAAAAAGUUUGUUUCUUUUCCUUUUCUGGGCUUUGCUUACUGUGUCGGGUUUCUGAUUUUUCUCUGAGAAUAUUAAAGAAAACAAAUAGAAAUCAGCAAAGUGAAGAGAAGGCUACUAAAGGGUAUUUAAAAAGAUUUGAUUUUGAGCUUCAAAUCGAUACUGCAUUUUGCUCCUCAAAUUUGAUGAUGAAAAUCUAUAAUUGAAGCUCUGAGGAGGUUAUUUUUUUGGUCAGUAUCAUGGCUUAUGGUAAUUCCAGAUCCGUAAGAUUUCAAGAUGAUCUUGAAUCAACAAAGUUUGCAACAAUAAAUGGAGAUAAUUUGAUUAAAGUGAAGUACAAGAUUGAUGGAUCGCAAUUACCAGAGCUGGCUAAUAGAAAGAAUGAAAAAGAGGAUAUAAGGACCGGAAAAUCCCUGAAGGCUAAAGUAUUAUCGCGGGUAUUCUCAGAAGACUAUGAAAGAGUGAAGAAAAAGAUACUGGAUCCUCGUGGACCAACAAUUCGUAGAUGGAACAAGAUUUUCUUGGUAGCUUGUUUAGUCGCUUUAUUCGUGGACCCUCUAUUCUUUUACUUGCCAGUGGUCCAAGAUAAAGUCUGCAUUGAUAUAGGAACUAAUCUGGAAGUUGUCCUUACAGUUAUUAGAUCAAUAGCUGAUGUCUUUUAUAUGAUUCAGAUAUAUGUUCGGUUUAGAACUGCUUAUGUUGCUCCAUCUUCUCGAGUAUUUGGGAGAGGAGAGCUUGUUAUAGAUUCUUCAAAAAUAGGUCACAGAUACUUUAAAAAAGGUUUCUGGAUCGAUAUCAUUGCUGCCCUGCCUUUACCACAGGUAUUAAUAUGGGCCAUUAUCCCUAAUUUAAGUGGCUCAACAAUGGCCAACACGAAGAAUGUCCUUAGAUUCAUUAUCAUUUUUCAGUACCUUCCCAGACUUUAUCUCAUAUUUCCACUGUCGUCACAAAUAGUAAAAACUACCGGUGUUGUUACUGAAACAGCAUGGGCAGGAGCUGCUUACAACUUGAUGCUUUACAUGUUAGCCAGCCAUGUAGGAGGAGCUUGUUGGUACCUUCUAUCGAUUGAGAGGCAAGAAGCUUGCUGGAGACACACCUGCAGUUUUGAGGAGCGAUCUUGUGAUUUUGGAUAUUUUGACUGCCGGAGGGUUAAGGAUCCACAAAGAAAUGCAUGGUUCCAGUCCAGCAAUAUUACAAAGCAAUGUAAUCCUAAUACUAGUGAUUAUCCUUUUGGUAUUUACAGUGAUUCAGUGACAGCUAAUGUGACAACUGCUCCAUUUUUCAACAAAUACUUCUACUGCCUGUGGUGGGGCUUAAAGAAUCUAAGUUCUCUAGGGCAAAAUCUUGCAACAAGCACUUACGUUGGAGAAAUAGGUUUUGCCAUCAUAAUUGCGACCCUCGGCCUAGUUCUGUUUGCAUUGCUGAUUGGAAAUAUGCAAACUUAUCUCCAAUCAACAACUGUAAGAUUAGAGGAAUGGAGAAUCAGGAGAACUGAUACAGAACAAUGGAUGCAUCAUAGGCAGUUACCUCAAGAACUAAGACAGUCUGUACGGAAGUAUGAUCAAUACAAAUGGGUGGCUACAAGAGGAGUGGACGAGGAAGCUCUUCUCAAAGGACUUCCUUUAGAUCUCCGUAGAGAUAUCAAGCGCCACUUGUGCUAUGAUUUAGUUCGAAGGGUGCCUCUGUUUGAUCAAAUGGAUGAAAGGAUGCUGGACGCAAUAUGUGAGAGGCUAAAACCUGCUUUAUGCACACAAGGCACUUGUCUUGUGCGCGAGGGUGAUCCUGUCAACGAAAUGCUCUUCAUAAUUCGAGGGAAUCUUGAUUCUCACACAACCAAUGGUGGUCGUACUGGUUUCUUCAAUUCUUGUCGUAUUGGUCCAGGUGACUUCUGUGGUGAGGAACUGCUGACAUGGGCACUCGAUCCACGUCCAGGUGUGAUUCUCCCAUCAUCCACUAGGACAGUAAAAGCAGUUUCUGAAGUAGAGUCAUUCGCGCUUGUAGCGGAGGACUUAAAGUUUGUUGCAUCACAGUUCCGGAGGCUACAUAGCAAACAAUUAAGGCACAAAUUCAGGUUCUACUCACACCAAUGGCGUACUUGGGCUGCAUGCUUCGUUCAAGCAGCAUGGCGUAGAUAUAAAAAGCGAAAGAGUGCAGCCGAGCUUAGAGCUCUAGAGAACAUAAUGAAUGAAACAGAAUCAGUGAGUGGACAGUUGGAUAAAAAUGCAUCAGCACCAGGAUCAGGCUUUUCAGUCUAUGCAGCAAAAUUGGCAGCAAGUAGAAGGGGUCACCACAAGCGCUCUAGUUCGGAUUCCACUGCAGUUAGCUCAUUGCAGAAACCUGCAGAACCUGAUUUCUCAGUUGAAGAAGAGUGACUUAAAAGAACAAAAUACUAUACUAGUAUACAAGUCAGAUAACAAGUAUAGAAAUGUAAUAGGUGCUGCUUUAUAUGUACAUUGGCUUUUAUAUUCUUUGUUAAAACUUUAUAUAAAGCAGAAACUCUUUAACUAAUGCUGUGAACAUUGCAAGA